AUGGUAGCCUGUCCUUCGGAUCUUUCCGGCAGCAUAAAUUAGUGCUGCAAGAAGCGCAAACGCUCUUGGGCACUUAAACCAGUCUAGGGAAAUUGCUGCGAGGAGCUUGCUUGUGCAGAAAGCUCCUCACAGCGAUAGCCCGUUCGCGGAGCUUUCUAUACUAUUCGAUGACUACUGUUUCGGCGUGAUUCUUGUUUCUUACAGAGAUCUUUUUCUUUGAUUUAGUCUCAAAUUACACACCUCGGUUAGUGCUGUAUAACGAAGAGUAACAUCCGACCAUGGCAGACGAAGAUGAAAAGGGAUAUAGAUGGGAAACAGAAUAUGAAAAAACUUGGGAGGCCCUGAUCGAGGAUGAUGCUGGCUCACUACAAGCCAGCGUGGAUGACAUCAUCCAGAAGGCCAAGAAGAGGAGGCUGCUGGAGAAGAUCGGAAACAUACGGCUGGGGAUGAUGCGACAUCUUUAUUUGAUAAUUGACAUGUCAAACUCAAUGAAUGAUCAAGAUCUGAAACCAACAAGACUCUUCUCAACCAUAAAGCUUUGUGAGAAAUUCAUUGAAGAGUACUUUGAUCAGAACCCCAUCAGCCAGCUGGGCAUUCUCACCACACGGAACAAGCGUGCAGAAAAACUCACAGAACUUGGAGGCAACCCUAGACGCCACAUCACAGCUCUUCAAGGAUUAUCAGACAGAGCGUGUCAAGGCGAGCCGUCUUUACAGAACUCCAUGGAACUGGCCAUGCAGACUUUGAAACAUAUGCCAAGUCACGCCAGUCGGGAAGUGCUGGUUGUGUUGGGGAGUUUGUCAACGUGUGAUCCCGGCGACAUUGAUGCCACAAUAAAGAACCUGGAGGAGUUGAAUGUCCGCUGCUCGGUGAUAGGGCUGGCGGCGGAGGUCCGGGUGUGCAAGAAACUGUGCCACAAAACACAUGGGAAGUACAACGUGAUUCUAGACGAGUCUCACUUCAAAGAUCUGCUGUACCAACACGUGUCUCCCCCUCCGGCCACGUCAAAUACAGAAUCCUCUUUGAUCAGAAUGGGCUUCCCCCACCACACGCUGAAUGCUGACCGAGACCAGGGGGAGAAGCCGUCCAUGUGUAUGUGCCAUGCCGAUGGAAAGUCUGGCAGCCAAGGCUUCAGCAACAGCGGUUACUUCUGUCCCCAAUGCAAGAGCAAAUACUGUGAGCUGCCCAUAGAGUGCAAGGCUUGUGGUUUGACGCUAGUGUCCGCCCCACACCUCGCCCGGUCCUACCAUCAUCUGUUUCCACUGCCAGCUUUCAAGGAAACCCCAGUGUCGAACUUGUCAGCCAAUCCAAAGUGCUACUCUUGCCAGAUCCAAAUCACAGAACAAAACGUGUAUAUUUGUGAGAGCUGCAGCCAGUUGUUUUGCCUGGACUGCGACCUGUUCAUCCACGAGACUCUCCACUCCUGCCCUGGGUGCUCAAGCUUCAGGGGGACCCAGCUCCAGUCUCAAAUACCCAUGAUUACAUGAUCAGAUGAAGAUGUUACAUGGGUACAGUGUGUGAAGCCCAUUAUGGGGCUUCCAUUGCUCGCUGUUGUACUUUUGGGAGGGAAGACAAGACAGGCCAUUACAGACUUUGUUGCUGCCCCGAUAUGGCUGCAAUAUUGCUCACGUAACAUUAUUUGGGUAAUUGAUCCCCACCACAUUGUACUUGUCAUUCAAGCGGACCAAAUGGAUCUGGUGGGCGGACUGGAUGAAUUGGUUGAUAGAAUGUCUUUGCAUUCCUUUCAAUCACUGACUUGUCUGGUCCGUAAUUUGUUAUUUACAGGCUGUUGUCAUAUUGCUGGAAUAUUGCCGAGUGUGGUGUUUGACAAGAAGCAAACAGAACAUUUACUUGUUACUGUUAACACACAAAAUAUGAUGAUGAGGAGGAGGAGGAUGCAAAUAAAUGGAUCAAAGUGAACUUGU